AUGAUAAAAGAAACAAACGCGAGCUAUGCGAAAUCAGAAGUGGAGGUAGACGCAAGAGAAGUAUUGGUUGGAUUGGCCCAAGAAACAGAGGAAUUGGCAAUGAAAGAGAGGCAAAACUAUAGCCCAGUACUGAAGAAAUGGCAUGGAACAGCAGGAGCCGUGGCAGCAUCAACUCUUCACAGUUGCUAUGGGCAAGUUCUGAACCAGUAUCUGAAUGACGUCACCACGCUGACGUCAGACACGGUUGAGGUGUUGGAGAGGGCUAACAAACUUGAGAAGGUUCUGGUUCAUAUGGUGGUUGAGGAUUCUGCAGAUUGUGAAGAUGGUGGGAAGACCAUUGUGAGGGAGAUGGACCCUUAUGAAGUUGACUCUGUCAUAUUGAACCUCUUGAGGAAGUGGAUCCAUGACUCUCUCACCAAAUGCACUGAGGUUUUUGAAAGAGUCAGAGAAUCUGAGACAUGGAACCCAAAGUCAAAACAAGAACCAUAUGCACAAUCAGCUAUGGAGCUUAUGAAGCUCGCCAACACAGCAGUGGAAGAAUUCUUCAGAAUUCCAGUUUCAAUCCCUGAGGAUUUAGUUCAAGAACUUGCUGUGGGUUUGGAAACUCUAUUUCGAGACUACAUGACAUUUGUUGCAGCAUGUGGUUCUAAAAAGAGCUACAUCCCAUCACUUCCACCAUUGACAAGGUGCAGUCGAGAUUCAAAAUUGAGCAAAAUGUGGAAGAUAAGAAACCCUUGUAGUUAUGGUCUUGAACAAGAACACCAAACAAUUCAUUCAUCAAAUGAAGCUCAUCAAAAUCCUCAAAGUAAUCUUCCUCCUCCUCGUCCCUCUACCAGUAGAGGAACUCAACGUCUUUACAUUCGCCUUAAUACCUUACAUUACCUUCUCACUCACAUUCAUGCCAUUGCCAAAGCUCUCUCCCUCCACCCUAACCCGCGCCCUUUCGCCGCCACUUCUCACUUUGAGAUCCUUGUCUCCUCCAUCCACGCCGCCUGCCAACAUGUCUCCGAGAUUGCCGCAUACCGCCUCAUUUUUCUUGACUCCAACUUCAUCUUGUACGACUCUCUCUAUGUUGGUGACAUGGCAAAUGCUUCAAUUGGAUCUGCAUUGAGAAUUUUGAAGCAAAACCUAAACCUAAUGCUCACUAUUCUCACUGAGAAAGCACAUGUGGUGGCAGUGAAGGAAGUGAUAAAGGCUACUUUUGAUGCUUUUCUUAUGGUAUUGCUUGCAGGAGGAAGCAAUAGGGUUUAUAACAGGUCUGAUCAUCAGCUUAUUAAAGAGGACUUUGAGGGUUUAAAAAGGCUUUUUGUGAAUUGUUGGGAAGGAUUAAAAGUAGAGGAUAUUAUGGAUAAAGAAGGUGAAGUAGUGGAAGGAGUGAUAGCUUUAAUGGGAGAAAGUACAGAGCAAUUAAUGGAAGAUUUUAGCACCUUAACAUGUGAGACAAGUGGGUUAGGUGUAAUAGGUAGUGGCCAAAAAUUGCCUAUGCCUCCAACAACAAGAAGAUGGCAUAGAGCAGAUCCAAACACAAUAUUGAGGGUGUUGUGCCACAGAAAUGACAAAAUUGCAAAUCAAUUCCUAAAGAGAACGUUCCAAUUAGCAAAGAGGAAAUGA